ACCAAUGCCUUAACGUUGCGGUGCUGUUCCUAAGGCGUUGCUGCAGGUUCGAACGCACUCCGCUCCUUGUAAUUUUAAUGCCUGUUACUGUGAAACAUGGACCGGUGCUAACCCAUCCGCUGCAGUGCAGCUGCAGAACAAAUUGUCACCGAGUUGAAGUCAAACCAUUCGGAGGUUAGGAAGACCUAUUUAGCAAGUCCCCCGAGGGAGGAUUUGUUGUUUUGAGCUCACCGCAGCCAGCAGCUUUCCUCGCAGGGAUGAGAGUGGAAUUAGGGUUGUAAACGCAAGGAGGCUCAGAGUGUUCCAGCACGAGCAAUGCAGACUGAAUACAAAGGGAGAUAAAAUAACAUGACAUGAUUCCUGCAGCACCCUGGAACUGCAUUCACUGAAGGUGAUGAAAUUUAUCUUUGGUUGCCAGUGCUAAAGGCGUUCAAGGGUAUCGACCAAGCAUCAACUCCACACAUUAAAUUUGAUUGGAAAUGAAUGUGCGAGAGAGGGAAAAGACAAGAAGAGGUGGCUCUCAGUCUUUACACCGGCGCUGCUACAGUCCUCAUUUUCAGGGCUGCUCAAUGAUGAUGAGGCUGCCAUUACAGUGCAAUCCCGAAGAAUGAAGAGAAGCUGCUUACUUCAGUAACACAAUGAAGGGAUAUAAUGGGAGUCGGAGCCAGUCACAACAUUCUUCUGCACACACGUGCCAUUGUAUGCCUGAGGAUUGCGAUCACUCCCAUGAUUAUUUACAUCACAGCCAGGACCCUCGGCAGUCUUACUUGCUGAGCCCUACAGAAUCCUGCUCAAUGGACCAUCACUACUGCGUGUCGAGAGGUACCAUGCCCUCUGAAUGUGCUGCCGCACCAGUUAGCUUGAAUGAACAGAUGUCCUCUAGCAGCACCUUUCCCAGGAUGCACCACAACCCGCAGUAUGAAUCUUGCGACGACUGCAUGGCUGCCACCCACACUGCCAGCAAGAUCAACCGGCUACCUGCCAACCUGUUGGACCAGUUUGAGAAGCAGUUACCCCUCCAUCACGAUGGGUUUCACACACUUCAGUACCAACGGGCCAGCUCAGCGGAGCAGCGAAGUGAGAGCCCCAGCAGGAUCCGGCACCUGGUUCAUUCUGUGCAGAAGCUUUUUGCCAAGUCUCACUCUCUGGAAGCCCCUUCGAAAGGGAACAUUAACGGGACAAAGGCGGAGGGAAGAGGCAGCGAUAGCUACCAUCAUCAUCAGCACCACCAACACCAUCAGCACCACCACCAGUCAAGGUCAACAAAAAGGAGUAAAAGCAAGGAACGCAAAUCGGAGUCCAAGCACAGAGCCAAGAUAACUGGCUGGUGGAGCUCUGAUGACAACCUUGACAGUGACAGCAGUUAUAUGGUGACUGCUGGAUCCAGUAGGCACUCUAUGGACCAGGCCACCCAGUACUGUACAGAACCCAUUGAAAGUGCCUUCAGAGAUUUGACCCUGAAGAGUUUAAAAAGCAGCAGUGAGGGGAAAUGCCUAGCCUGUGCGGCCAUGCCGAUGUUAGCGGAUUCACAGCACACUAAAAGGAGUGCAUGGUCCACCAUGACAGUAAAUCAAGCCAGAGAGGCCUAUCCUAGCUCGGGCCUGAACCAAGACAAACCAUCAAUGCUACAGGAUAUCAAGGCACAAGAAAGAGCUUAUCAUUACCUUCAGGUGCCUCAGGAUGAAUGGAGUAGUGGUUACCCAGGAGUGAACAAGGAUGGGGAAAUCCCUUGUCGGCGUAUGCGCAGUGGCAGCUACAUCAAAGCAAUGGGGGAUGACGAAAGUGGAGACUCAGAUGCAAGCCCAAAGAUGUCACCAAAGGGAGCUGCUCAGCACGAGAGCUACCUGAAAUCAGUCGCUGUAGGAAGUGGCAGUGAGACAAGCCGUUCAAAGUUCAGUUGCAAACACUGUUCUGACCCAUACGUAUGCAGUCAUUCCCAUCUGCAAGGACAAACUGCAAUGAACUACAGUCUGGAUAACCUACACCGGUCCAGUCUUCGUACUCCCUCUAAACUUCCAUCCAGGAGUCAGGGCUACAGUCGAAUACUCAGUGCCAACAAUCAGAUUGACGAUGCUGAUUUGAACAGGCAGUUCGAAGUAGUGUGUGAGUCAGUCUUUGGUGAAAUGGAAUCGCAGGCUGUGGAGGCUCUCGAUCUGCCUGGCUGCUUUCGCAUGCGAAGCCACAGCUAUCUACGUGCCAUUCAAGCUGGUUGCUCACAGGAUGACGACUGCUUGUCUGUAUUUUCUAUGUCAGCACCCGUGAUGCCUACUACAAGUGUCAGUGCUAUUAAACCCAGUGCAUCAUUUAAUUAUAAGAAAGCUCCUCCAAUUCCUCCACGAAUGGCUACAAAACCAAUUAUCUCAGUGACGGCCCAAAGCAGCACAGAGUCAACCCAGGAUGCAUACUUGCAGAAUGAAGUGAACCGACCCACUUCCUGGUCAAAAGACAUUAAAUCCCAGUGCAAUUCAACAGACAGUCUUGACAGUACCAAAGCACUGAACCUGGCCUUGGAAUCCUUUGCCCCAAGUCGUUCUUCAAUGAAGAGCUCCGAGGGAAUUGGAAUUAAUAAAGUCAUCUUGAGUCGCGAUGAACCAAAGCUACAGCCACGCCAAAGGAAGUGGCGUUCAUCUGUAGGGAUACAGGUGGAUAGUUCAGAGACUAUGACUGAUUCUGACACAGACAGUAAAGGCCUUCGAGAAUUCCAUUCUAUUGGGGUGCAGGUUGAAGAUAAUAAACGACACGCCAGGUUUAAGCGUUCGAACAGUGUGACAACAAGCGUACAGGCUGAUCUUGAACUGGAGGGCAUUCCUGGGGUGUGUGUGAGCACAGAGGACAAGGGCUUCCAGUUCAGCCAGCCAUUUGAGCGGCAUUCCUCAGAGCCAGAGCAGUCCAAUGAGUACACUUCAUUCAGAACUGUUCACACGCAAGGACAAUGGGCGUACAGGGAUGAUUACAGGAUGCGCUAUGACAGUGCUGACGCCCAACGCCAGGAGCACUGGGGAGAAUCCAGUGUUCACAACCACCCAGAUCCUGGCAGAGUGUCUCCGUGCCACAGAGAUGGCGACUGGUUUAUCAAGCUGUUGCAGGCAGAGGUAGAACGAUUGGAAGGGUGGUGUCAGCAGAUGGAGAGAGAAGCUGAGGAGAAUGACCUACCUGAAGAGGUGCUUGAAAAGAUCCGCAGUGCAGUGGGCAGCGCCCAGCUUCUCAUGUCACAGAAGUUCCAGCAGUUUUACCGACUUUGCCAGCAGAAUAUGGACCCGAAUGCGUUCCCUUUGCCUACCUCCCAGGACCUAGCAGGGUUCUGGGACCUCUUACAGCUAUCAGUUGAAGAUGUGACUUUGAAAUUUGAUGAGCUUUUGCAGAUAAAGGCCAAUAAUUGGAAAUUGCUGGAGGCUUCAGAGAGAAAGGAUGAACUGAAGAUGCCCCCUCCUAUACCAAAGAAACCACCGAAGGGAAGGUUAUCCCAGGCACGGGAGAAGUCAUUGGAACUUGCUGACAGACAGAGGCAAGAAGCAAGGAAACGGCUCAUGGCUGCUAAGAGAGCAGCCUCAUAUCGGCAAAACUCUGCCACAGAAAGUGCAGAUAGCAUUGAAAUCUACAUCCCUGAGGCUCAAACCAGGCUUUGAAAUCACACCACGCCAUUUGGCAGGAGCCUGUCUUUAACUUCAACUUCACUUCUCAUAUUCAAGGGAAGAUGAAACCAGACUAUGGGCAUAAUUUGAAUCCUGCUGUCUGGUCUCAGCUCUAGCAAGCAUUAACAUUCCUCUUGUGUUCCUAUAUGUUGUCACGGUGGACCAAUUAUAUUUUCAGUUUUUAAAUGAAGCUGCAGUCUAAUAUAUUUUGUGCACAUGUUCUUUAUAAUGCAUCUGAGCAAAAGAAAAAUACAAAGAGAGUUUGGGGCACACCCAGGAAGCAUAA